AUGAAAGCACUGCUCCAAACGGUCAAGACAGGAAACAAAGUGAAGAUCAAGGAAGCAGAAACCAUCAAGAGCCCGUCAUGGAUAAUUACAGAGACACAGUGGAAGGCCUUCUAUGGAACAAAUGGGCCAGCGUUUGGCACCCAGGUUAGCAACUACCCUCAAUGUCCCAACCCUGAGCUGAUCAAGGGUCUCCGGGCACACACCGAUGCCGGCUGUAUGAUCCUGCUCUUCCAAGAUGACAAGGUCAGUGGAGAUGGCCAAUGGAUUGAUGUGUCCCCCAUGCGCCACUCCAUUGUUAUCAUUCUUGACCAACUUGAGGUGAUCACUAAUGGGAAGUACAAGAGUGUGGUGCACAGAGUGAUUGCCCAAACUGAUAGCACCAGAAUGUCAAUAGCUUCCUUCUACAACCCUGGCAGUGUUGCUGUCAUCUACCCUGCACCAACACUGGUGGAGAAAGAAGCAGAGAAGAAGAAUCAAGUUUGCCCGAAAUUCGUGUGUGAAGACUAUAUGAAGCUCUAUGAUGGCCUUAAGUUCCAGGCCAACGAACCAAGAUUUGAAGCCAUGAAAGCAGUGGAAGCUAAUUUCAGUUUGGAUCUAAUUUCAACAGCUUAAGAGGAAAUUGAGUUUUACUAGAAGCA